GCUUCCGGGUUCUUCAUCUUCGCCACAGAGCAGGAAAGAUGGCUGAGGCAGAGCCAGACAGAAGAGCCCUUCUGUCCGAUUUAUGUUCGGAAUUUUUGAAUUUCUCCGCUAAAGACACUGCGUCGGGAUGGUUGGCGGAAGCAAAUCUUCAGGUGGAAAUCUAUCGUCACUUGGCAGAGUAUGUGCCCAAAAUCCUUUGUUUGGGGCCUAGUGGCUGCAGCAGUAGGGAGGAGCAGCGAGAAGAGCAGAGGGAAGAACUAUCAUGUCAGCUGCUCCUUUUGGCUCCCUUGGAGUGGUUGCUGCUAGGUGAGGAUCCAGCCGUGGGCCUCCCUCAGCUGCAGGAGAGCAAUCAGCCUUCACCGCUGUGUGGACAUGUGUUUAAGGUGGGCGAGCCCACCUACUCUUGCAGGGACUGUGCAGCUGACCCCACAUGUGUCUUAUGCAUGCAGUGUUUCCUGGGCAGCGAUCAUAAAGAUCACCGUUACAGGAUGACCACGUCCGGAGGUGGAGGGUUCUGUGACUGUGGUGACACUGAAGCCUGGAAGAAGGGUCCUUACUGCCAAAAACAUACACCGACUACCAACAAAGACUCAGAGGAGGACCCUGCUGCUCAGCUACCUGCUGACAUGGCUCUCCGUUGUUACAACAUUUUCUCCAUCAUCCUCAAGUAUGCUGUGGAUAUGUUGACUUGGACACAAGAGGACCAACUACCUGCAGGCCUUGAACCGCUUGAAAGAGGUGACAACUACUACUGCAUGCUGUUCAAUGAUGAAGUCCACACCUACGAACAGGUGAUCUACACCCUGCAGAAGGCCGUCAACUGCAGCCAGAAAGAAGCUGUUAGCUUCGCCACCACUGUGGACAGAGAUGGCAGGAAGUCUGUUCGAUAUGGAGACAUUCAGUUUUGUGAACAAGCUAAGACUGUUAUAGUGAGGAACACCAGUCGCCAGUCAAAGCCUCUCAGAGUUGAGGUGAUGCACUCAUCUGUUGUGGCCCAUCAGUGUUUUGCUCUGAAAGCUUUGAGUUGGUUGGGGCAAAUCAUUCAAUACUCGGAUGGUUUGAGGAGGAUACUGUGCCAGGUGGGACUUAAGGAAGGUCCAGAAGGAGAAAACUCAUCACUUGUUGACCGCUUAAUGCUUAAUGACUCCAAAAUGUGGAAAGGAGCAAGGAACAUUUACCACCAGCUGCUGAUGAACAGCCUCCUUAUGGACUUGAAGUACAAGAAGGUCUUUGCUAUUCAGUUUGCCAAGAACUACAGACGCCUCCAGACAGAUUUCAUGGAAGAUGACCAUGAAAGGGUGGUGUCAGUGACCUCACUGUCUGUACAGCUGUUCACGGUGCCAACAAUGGCCCGCAUGUUGAUGGUGAAGGAGAAUCUAAUGACUACCAUCAUCAGGACGUUUGUAGAUCAUCUUCGUCACAGAGAUCUGCAUGGGCGCUUUCAGUUUGAUCGCUACACCGCACAGCAGGCCUUUAAAUUUGGACGAGUCCAGAGCCUCAUUGGAGACCUCAAGUAUGUCUUAAUCAGUAGGCCCUCUGAAUGGAGUGACGAGCUUCGAGAGAAGUUUCUAGAAGGUCUGGAUGCUUUUUUGGAGCUCCUUAAGUGUAUGCAGGGUAUGGACCCAGUGGUUCGGCAAGUGGGGCAGCACAUCGAAAUGGAACCGGAAUGGGAAGCGGCAUUUACCCUUCAGAUGAAAUUGACGCAUAUCAUAUCCAUGAUCCAGGAGUGGUGUUCCACUGAUGAGCGUGUGCUGAUCGAGUCUUACAGAAAGUGUUUGAGUGCAGUUAGUCAGUGUCAAAGCAGCCUUCCGGAUGGUGAGCAGCCAAUAAGCUUGAGUCUGGCUGGUCAUUCUGUGGAGACUUUUCGGUAUCAAGUGUCCCAGGAUAAAGUGUCCAUCCACCUUCCUGUCUGCAGACUGCUUGCUGGUCUACAUGUUCUCCUCAGCAGAACAGAAGUUGCAGCUCGCCUCCCUGAGCAACUCCCAUUGGGGGAACUCAGCCCUCCUCUUCUGAUUGAACUCCCCCUGCGAUGUCUUGUGCUGUGUGCCCAAGUGCUAGCUGGGAUGUGGAGAAGAAACGGGUUCUCCCUAAUAAAUCAGAUUUACUAUUACCACAAUGUCAAGUGCAGAGUGGAGAUGUUCGACAAAGACGUUAUCAUGCUGCAGGCUGGUGCCUCUAUGAUGGAUCCAAACCACUUCCUUAUGAUCCUUCUUAGUCGUUUUGAACUUUUUCACAUUUUUAGCUCUGCAGACUGCAGAAAAAGAUAUAGGGAGCUCAAUAAGGAUCUGGUCCAGCAAAACAAUACUUUAAUCGAAGAGAUGCUACACUUAAUCAUCACUGUGAUUGGGGAACGUUACGUGGCAGGUGUUGGCCAGGUAGAGCAAUUUGACGAGGUUCGAAGAGAGAUCAUCCACCAGUUGUCAAUCAGACCUAUGGCUCAUAGUGAGCUGGUGAAGGCUCUGCCAGAGAAUGGCAACAAAGAGACUGGUCUAGAGCGUGUGAUUGACAGUGUUGCUUCGUUCAAGAAGCCGGGUGUGACAGGCCGUGGUCUUUACGAAUUGCGUCCUGAAUGGAACAAGUACUUCAACCUAUACUUCUACCACUACAGCAGAGCCGACCAGUCCAAGGCAGAAGAGGCUCAGAGGAAGCUGAGGAGACAAAAUGGAGAUGACACAGCCCUUCCCCCACCAGUUCCUCCGCCUCUUUGCCCCUUGUUUGCUAGCCUGGUGAAUCUUCUGCAGUGUGAUGUGCUGUUGGCAGUAGAAGGAGCUGUGCUGCAGUGGGCUAUGGAGCCCCGUGGAGGAGGCUGGACAGAGUCCAUGCUGCAGAGGGUACUCCAUUUGGUUGGUAUGGCUCUGCUAGAAGAGCAGCAACAGCUGGAAAACAGCAAUGGCGAGGAUGACAUUACAUUCAUGUACACCUCUAAAAUCUCACGUCCAGGCGAUGCCCCUAGUACUUCAGGAAGUGUUCUUGCUUUACUGGAGAGUCUACAGAAUGCUCCUCACCUAGAGGUCCAUAAAGAUAUGAUCACCUGGAUCUUAAAGAUGGUGGCAAACAUCAAAACUAUAAGAGAGCGGUCAUCCUCAACCUCCACUGUUACGAUCAGCCAAGGACAUGGACUGGAAGAGACGAUACGGGAUAAAGACAAAGCAGAGAGGAAAAGAAAGGCAGAGAUGGCUCGGCUCCGGAGGGAGAAGAUCAUGGCUCAGAUGUCUGAGAUGCAGAAACAUUUCAUCAAUGAGAACAAAGAACUUUUCCAGCAAAGUCUUGAAGAGCUUGAAGCAUCUACAUCUGCUGAUGCAGAACACAGUCCUUCUAGUUCGGAGUCAUCCAGUGUCCCUCAGGUCUGUGUUGGCCCCUCAAGGGUGGCCAGAGGAGCCGAACGGCGUGAGCUUGUGACUUGCAUCUUGUGUCAAGAGGAGCAGGAGGUCAAAUGUCACGGCAGAGCCAUGGUGUUAGCAGCGUUUGUCCAGAGGUCUACCGUUUUGUCCAAAAAGCGCUGUUGCGCUUUGCCAAAUGCUGAACGGCAUGACCCUCUUUUCAUUCAUCCUGACCUUUCAAUGGGUAUUCACACCGCCAGCUGUGGACACAUCAUGCACGCCACCUGCUGGCAGAGGUACUUUGAGGCAGUGCAGUUGAAGGAGCAGAGACGACAGCAGCGUUUACGAGGUCACACCAGCUAUGAUGUGGAGAAUGGAGAGUUUCUUUGUCCUCUGUGCGAAUGUCUGAGUAAUACAGUCAUCCCUCUGCUGCCACAUACGCAACCACCUGACCGCGGUCUUAAUCACCCCAGUCUGGCUGUGUGGCUCAAGUCAACAAAUGAGAAGAUAGCAGCGUUGCACCACUCCCAUAAAAAGCCUUCAAGUGGUGAAGCAGAAGAGGUGGAACCUCCAGUUCCUGAAGGAUUCCGACUCGAUUUCACCCCACUAAACCCAUUUUCCAGCAGUAUUAUUGAGAUGAUCACCACGUUCAGUAUGUCGACUUAUAAGGUCGGAUUAAAGGCGAACCCAAAUGAGCAGGACCAUAGGGUCCCUGUGCUCAGUUGGUCCACUUGCGCCUACACCAUUCAAGCAAUUGAGCGCCUCCUGAUGGAUGAGGAAAAGCCUUUGUUUGGAAGUUUACCCUGCAGACAGGACGACUGCUUGAGCGCCAUUACCAGGUUCGGUUCAGCUUGCUGGACAUCAGCGUCGCUGAAUGCAGUUCACAAACACUUCAUCAGAUUGUUUUCAGCUCUAGUUCCAGACCCUCAGGUAGAAAACACUCCAAGUAUUCUGGACAUUGACAUGUUCCACCUUUUGGUUUACGGCGUGUUAUCCUACACAUCCGUUCACAGUUUAGACCAAUCGGGACGGCAUACGAUCGACUCUGCUCACAUACACCUCCUGCACUUAAUCACUGUUGCUCACGUGGUUCAGGUCCUGCUCACUUCAAAUAUAGAAGAGGUGUGUAUGGAACAGGAAAGUAGGGGUUCAGUUGAGGAGGAGUUUGCAUAUUAUCUGUACAACACGCUGAGGAAACACUUGAGCAGUGUUUUGCCAGAAGUGGCGUCUUGGCAGCUGUGGCGUUGUGUUAAAGCUGGCGUCUCACCGUUCCUGCGAUGCGCCGCCCUCUUUUUUCACUACCUAAACUCUACAGCACCACCAGCUGACCUGUUGGAUACAGGACCUGGGCAAUGGGAGGCACUGUGUAGCUAUCUCAGUCUGCCGUCCAACCUGCUGCAGCUCUACCAUACACAACAAGCACUGUUGGAGCCGCUCGUUACCAGUUGGUGCUGUCAUUCUUCCGUCAGUCAGACAUUACAAGAGGGUGGAGUGAACAGGUUUCCCCGAGAGUCAAACCGACUGAUCGACCUGCCUGAAGAUUACAGCGUCCUUAUUAACCAGGCGUCCAGCUUUACAUGCCCUUGGUCAGGUGGAGACAAGUCGCGCGCUCCCACUCUGUGUCUAGUGUGUGGCACCAUGCUGUGCUCUCAGAGUUACUGCUGUCAAAUUGAAGUGGACGGCGAGGAUGUCGGCGCCUGCACCGCACACACGUUUUUUUGUGGCGCAGGCCUUGGCCUCUUCCUGCGGGUAAGAGAGAGUCAGGUGUUGUUUGUGGCAGGUAAAACAAAGGGCUGCUUCUACCCACCUCCAUACCUGGAUGACUACGGCGAGACAGAUCAGGGCCUCAAGCGUGGAAAUCCCCUCCAUUUAUGCAUGGAGCGUUACAGGAAGAUCGAACGCCUGUGGCGUCAGCACGGCAUUGCUGAAGUUAUAGGUCAUGCUCAAGAGGCCAAUCAGACGCUGGUUGCCAUCGACUGGCAGCAUCUGUGAUAUUGAGUGGAAGCCACAUGAUUGGAUACCAGAAUCAGCGCUUUUUUCCUUUUUUUUUUUGGUCCUCCACUUCACGGCCAUUCAGUUGCACAGUGAUCACCUCAGAUCAGCUUUCAGGGAUUUUUGUCUCAACUUAUCAAAGAGACAAAAAGUGCAAAAACGCAUGGGUUUAUAAGUGUUCUCAGUGGCGGUGGCGGUAUUUUAAAGGCCUUUAACUGAAAAUGUGAACAAAUAAGUAGCAGCACAUUCACAUUUUAUUUUAUGUCUUAUCAGAACAUAUCAAGUCACAUAUCAAAGCUUUUUCUGCUGAGUUGAUGCUCGUGAUACUCUUUUGUGUGUUUUUUUUUUCUGAUCAUGUGUUGCUUGUGUGGGGUGACUUUUCAGUACUGAAUGCAUCAUCUUCAAGUUUGAGAUUUUUUUUUGUUUUUUGGAGUGCAUUUUUGUGUCUGAAAAGUAAAAAAGAGGCUUUUGAUUAAGUGUAUUUUUCUUUAAACACAGAUUUUAUGUCAGAGUAUGGAUUUUUUGUUUUCCUGCAUCUGCACAGCAUGCUGCCUAGAUGCUGUUGCUCCAUUUAUCAAAUAAGACUUGUCAAUAUGUGAAUUCUUGUAUAAAUUAGUAUAUUAUGUAUAAAAUUGUAUAAGAAUAGAAAAAAAUAAAAACGUGAAAGCA